UUUCUCGUCACUAUUACAAAGAUUUUCUUUUGUUUUUCGCUUUCAACUUUCUUAUGUAUGUAAUAAACCUUACUCUUUCCCGUGAUCUCUAAAUGAGCAACUUGGACUCGCCUUGAUUUCGCUACAAGAUUUCUUAAGAAUAGGGGGAAAUUUAGGUGACGACUUUCAUUUAAGUUUGUAGGGAAUGCAGCUACUUGUUUUCUAGGGUUUUUCGAAUUUGGUGUAAAUUCUCUUGGGAAUUGGUUUGAGGCUUGUUUGGGAAAUUGCAAUUCUCAGUCGUGUUAAAAGGAGUUGUGAUUUGAAGAGAACAUUUUUCUAAAAAUCGGAGACUUUUAGGUCAAUGUCGGCUCCAUCGCGAGUCCGGUCAGUGGAUUCCGCCGACCGAGAGUUCCGAUCAGUUCUUGGUCUCGCCGGUAACAAGCUGCAGCAGAAACCGGUGACAAAGCCGGUGAAGAAGCCUGUGGCUGAUCAAACGAAAAACCUAACCUUUACGGCGAAGAAAAUGCCGCAUUGCUCGCCUCUAAGCCCUUCAGCUCUGAGGCGAAACGGUGUCUCGAUGAACGCAUCGUAUUCGUCGGAUGCGUCGUCUUCGUGCGAGUCGUCGCCGUUGAGUAUGGCGUCUACUUCGAGCGGGAAGAGGGUUUUGCGGCGGAGUGGGUCAAACUCUUCAUCUUCACUGAGAAGGAAUCUGACGGAGGAGAGAGAUGAGAAGGCCGGUGAUUGCUUCUCUGAUGGUCGUAAGAGAUGUGCUUGGAUCACUCCCAAAUCUGACCAAUGUUACAUUGCUUUUCACGACGAAGAGUGGGGAGUUCCCGUCCAUAACGACAAGAAACUUUUCGAGUUAUUAAGCCUGUCUGGUGCUCUUGCGGAACUAUCUUGGAAAGACAUUCUUUCCAAAAGACAAUUGUUCAGGGAAGUUUUCAUGGACUUUGAUCCAGUUGCAAUAUCCGAGCUAACUAACAAAAAGAUAACAUCCCCUGAGAUUGCUACCAUCUCACUACUGUCAGAGCAAAAGCUACGGUCAAUCCUCGAAAAUGCAAACCAAGUUCGCAAGAUAAUAGUUGAAUUUGGAUCAUUUGACAAGUACAUUUGGAACUUCGUUAACCAAAAGCCUACUCAGAGCCAAUUCCGGUACCCACGCCAAGUCCCUGUGAAGACUUCCAAAGCCGAGUUGAUUAGCAAAGAUCUUGUUCGCAGAGGCUUUCGCAGUGUUAGUCCAACAGUUAUUUACUCGUUCAUGCAAACAGCAGGCCUCACAAACGACCAUCUCAUUAGCUGCUUCAGACACCAAGACUGCUUAUCAACGGACGAGACCGGUAAUUAAAUGAUACGAUCCGAGGAGAUCAACUCUGAAGAUAAGGCAACAGGCGAAUUGAGAUCGUGACUUGGAGGGACAGAUGCGAUGAUAUUGGCGUGAUGAAGCGAUGGUGGCGCGAUGAGAGAUCGAUGGAGGGAGAUGGUGGUGUGAUGCGGCGGAUCGAUGGUUUGAGAUGGUGGUGGAUGGAUUCGUCGAUGGAUCGUGAGAGGGAUGUGAUGGUGAUAGCAGAAUCUCUUGUAAACAGAUUAGUUUUAAAAGAUUCGAAUUUCAGAGUUUUUUUUAGUUCUCAGAAAUCGAAAAGA